AUGUCGUCGAAAGGAUACAGACUCAUACAAGAGAAAAACGCCAUUGACGAGGUCUUUACGCAUCAUCAUGAUAAAGAUCUUGGCUUUAGCAAGAGACGUCAACUUGUCAGCGGCAUCGUGUCUAUUACUCUCGCCAUGUCACUAGCUGCGAACGCUUUUUUCAUCAUCUCGCACUUCUUACAUAGGCCUCAUGAGAUUUCUUCGAACAGGACUGCUUUCGCCAGCCUUGAGCGCAAUAAGCAAAUUGCAUGGACUGAUGAUAGCGGUUUUGCCAGCCAUAACAGAACCAUAUGGGACCAAGCUUGGGGGACUUUGAAUCCUGACACAGGCUUCGUGGCCAUCAGUGAUGAUUUCGCCCUGCGUACUGGACUCCAUGAGUCGCAGCGUUGGCCCUGGGAUUCAUCGAAGGGGCUGUAUCUCCUGCAAGGCUAUCACAAUCUACACUGCCUCACCAUACUGCGGACGUCGCUCACGGAGAUGCAUGAUGAAAAGCCGCAAAGCCUACACUUCACGCAUAUAAAUCACUGUCUCGAUGGUCUCCGGCAAGAGAUCAUAUGUAAUGCAGAUGACACGCCAAGAUACUCGGGCUUAGAUCAGAAGAUGGGCACUGGCAACGGACAAUACCGAAUGUGCAAAGACUGGAAGAAAUUGGAGGAGUGGGCAAACAGUCAUUCUGCUUGCUACAAAUAUAAGCAUGGGGUGGAGACCAUUGAAGGAGGGAUCCCACUUGACAGAUUCAAGCACUGCCCCGAUGGGAGCAAGCCAUGGAUAGAGUCAUCGAACAAGGAUUGA